AUGAAUUUAAAAUAUACCAGUAUGCAAAACAUUAAAACAUGGUUAAAUAGAAGCAGUAUUAAAAAUUCCCCACUAAAAACCAUUCUUCCUCCUCCUCCCCCUUCCUCUGUCUCCUCUCCCACUUUCCUCUUUCUUCUCCUCAUCCUCCUUCCUCUUCCUUCUCUUCCUCCUCCUCUACUUCCUCUUCUUCUUAUUUUUCUUCCUUCUCCUCUUCCACCUCCACUUCCUUUCUCUGUCCUCUUCCUCCUUCCCCUUUCUCCCCGUUCUCCCUCUUCCUUCUUCCUCUUCUCCUUCUUUCUCCACCUCUUCCUCCUCCCUCUCCCUCCUUCCCUUCCUAUUUCCUCUUCCUCCUCAGGCUGCGGAUUCCGGCCGGAGUAUGACGGCGUGCAGGGCUUCUCGGUGGGGGGCUCCCGCAUUGUGGGGGGCUCCAAGGCGGAUGAAGGCAAGUGGCCCUGGGUGGUCAGCAUCCAGACCGGCGCCUUCCACUUCUGCGGAGGGUCCAUUGUCCAUCCCUGGUGGGUCCUCUCCGCCGCCCACUGCUUCACCAAAGAGGGGAGGAAGCACAUCAAGGUGGCGGCCGGGAGCAACCUGCUGGGGCGCAACAACGUGACGCGCUGGGUGCGCAAGGUGCGCCUGCACCCGCUCUACGACCACAAGACGUACGACAACGACAUUGCGCUGCUGCUGCUGGAGGAGCCCAUCCCCUACAGCCCCUUCCACAGCCUCCUCUGCCUCGCCGACCGCACCAUCGUGCCCGACGACGACCUCUGGGAGAGCUGCUACGUGGCUGGGUGGGGGCUCACCCACCCCGGUGAGGGCUUCCUGCCUUUGGGGUCCACCAUUCCCCGGCUGCCAUCCUUGAGUGGGUCUCUCUCUCUCUCAGACACAAAGCAGGGCUCCGUUGCCCUGCUGGACGUGCAGGUGGACAUCGUGGACUGGACGCUCUGCCAGCGCUGGCUGCAAUCCCUGACCAGGAACAUGGUCUGCGCCGGGUUCGAGGAGGGAGGCCGCGACUCCUGCCAGGGGGACAGCGGGGGCCCCUUGAUGUGCCGGCCCCCCAACCACAGCAUCCGCCAGCGCUGGUUCCAGGUGGGCGUGGUCAGCUGGGGGCGCAGCUGCGCGGCCGAGAAGAGCCCUGGCGUCUAUGCCAGAGUCUCCAACUACCACUCCUGGCUGGAGCAGACGGCCGCCAACGACGGGCACCCCUUCCCCAAGCUCCCGGCCGCCUUGGCCAACGCCGAGGGCCCUGGGGACACGGGACAGGUUUCGGCGGCCCACAUGCCACAGGCGGAGGCGGACAUGUGGGCAGACAUCUACAGCACGGGCGGCCAGUAUGGCCGGAGCCCGUCCCUCCCGCUUCCAUGGUGGGGCCUUUGGGUGGCGGGAGUGGCCUUGGCCCUGGACGCUGCAUGCUGAUGGGUCAAGCCGCAAAGGAUUCUGGGAAAUCAGAGUGGCCCUCUCUCUCUGUGUGUCUGGACACGACGGCAGGGAGGGAAGGGGGCUUGGAGAUGAAAUAAAUAUUCUUGGGUAGUUAUGGCUGCGUCUCCUAACGGGGUGUGGGGAAUGGAAUGGAUGGGACUGCGUGGCUGGGGCCUGGCUAAGGGACUAUCAAGGUCUGGCAAGGCUGAAGAUGCCAUCCUGAGAA